AUCUUCUUCCGUGGUCGAGGGCGUAAUUAUUGUUAGUGCUCCCACUGCACUUAGUAGCUGCAAGCAGAAAAGACAUUCCACUCUUUCGCACGUGCGUGCGUGUGUGUUUUUUUUUUUUUUACCGUGAGGUUCUAUUUAUUUAUUCUUCAGGGAAUCUGAGAGAGAACAGCGCCGACAACUUCCCACACAUUAAUAAACUGACGACGCCAUGAAGCACCGGCUCUGCAUAGCGCUGUCCGUCCUGACGGGAGGCCUCCUGCUGCUGCUGCUGCUGGGGCUCGGGCCAUCGUCGGACGCGCCCCUGAGGAUGGUCUUCGCCUCCUCCGCCUCCUCCGCCUCCUCCGCCUCCUCCUCCUCCUCCUCGGCAUCCGGACGAGACCCCGGCGUCCACGCGGCGGGGACGUCGAACGAGAGCGCGUCUCCGGACGUCAGCGCCGCGCCCGGACCAUCUCUGAACGGCGAGGGGUUCCACCUGGGCGACCACCACCAGCUCCCAUCUCGAGGAGCGGACAACCUGUUCUUCAUCGAGUCCUCGUGCGCGGUCGGCGACCCCCGACGAGGGAUCAAAAGAGCGGCGAUGAACGCGCGCCAAGGCUGCGCCGUCGAGUCGGCGGCCCUGGCGAACCCCAACUCCACCGUCUACUUCCUCAGCACCUGCCCCUCUAACGAGGGCUCCGACGGCGAGCAGGUGGCUAAGGAGGUGUUCAGCUACCCGAACGUGAAGAGCCUUCAGGUCGAGCUGAGCAGCUACCUGAACGACACCCCUUUGGGCGAGUGGAUCCUCAGGGGUUCCCUGAAUGAGUCCUCGUACCCGGUGGAGCACUCCAGCGACAUCCUGAGGCUCGCCACCCUGUGGAAGUUCGGAGGCUUGUACCUGGAUUUGGACUUCGUCGUCCUGAGACCGCUCGCCGGGCUGGGGUGGGACUUCGCGGUUGCCGAGAGCGACGGCCUCGUCUCCAACUGCGUGCUGGGGCUCUCCGCGCGCGGCGUGGGCCGCGAGGUGGCGCAGUCCUGCCUGGGGGAGCUGCUGGCGCGCUUCGAUGGCCGCCAGUGGGCGUACAACGGCCCCUACCUCGUCACCCGGGUGUUGUCCAGGCUGUGCGGGGGCGCGCCGGUGUCGCAGAUGACGGCUGGAAAGUGCCGAGGGUUCGCUGUGCUGAGACCCCAGUCCUUCUUCCCCUUCUACUACCCGCGGUGGGCGCUGCUGUUCGACGAAGGGGCCUCGGACUCGACCAUGGAGCUUGUCCUGAGGAACGGCACGUACGCCGUGCACGCCUGGAACAAGUUGAGCCGCGCGCGGCCCGUCAGGGCGGGCUCCAGGCAGCCUUACGCCCUGCUGGCGCGCCGCUUCUGUCCCAGGGUGUACUCUUCGGCCGGCGACACAUUCUGAGGGGAGACCUAAGAUGCACAUAAAGUUCUACCAUUCCCGAUUACACCCGAACAAUUCACCUUUGGCCAUCUUCGGGAUUUGUUUUGACGUCGUCCGACCGAAGGCCACACUUAGGGGUCGUCCAUUAAUCACGUGAUGUUUUUUUAGCAAAUUCUUAACCCCCCCCCCUAGUGAUUUGUGGUGAGGUUUCAGACUAACCCCCCCCCCCCCAAAAAAAAAAAA